AUGGUAGAAGGUCCGGGUUGCAAGUUAAAGGGCAUAAAAAUUAAAGCCAAAAUCAAGGGUCAAUGUGUUAAUAGAGUAGGAGGCAAUGCUGUUGACAAGUUCAAGAAGAAGGAUGUGGCCGCUGCUUCCCCAUUUCAUCAGCUGAUUGGUCGACAUUUGGAAGAUGUUCAGACACUCGGGAAAGAAUUUUUCAUGUACUUUGGAGAUAUCUGCUUACGGGUUCAUUUUCUGAUGGAUGGCCAGUCAUUUAUCAACAAUGCGAAGGUUGACAAUGAUUCUGGUGGGAGGACUGAGACAGCCACGCUGGAACUACACAUGUCGGAGGAUGUACUUACGUUCAAGAAGUCUUCAGUGGAUAUCAGGCCAUCGGUCCCCUGUAGGCAGAAAUACGAGACAAUGAAUGAUGUUGACAUAUGUUCCCCAGUGUUCAACUUCCGACGCGCAUUCUCUCUUGUACGUGAACAAACGGACAGACAGUUGUGUGAUGUGCUCCUGGACCAGUCCAUUCUGCCAGGGGUCGGCAACAUCAUCAAGAGUGAGGCCUUGUUUGACAGUGGCAUAAAACCAAGCUCAAAGAUUGGGGAGCAUAAGGAUGAGCACAUUCGCCACCUGCUCAAGAUGACCAGGGACUUUACAGAUAUAUUCUACCGGUGUCGGCGUGAUGGUAAGCAGCUGUCCCCAUACUACAAGAUUUAUGGGAAGCGUCUGUGUAAACAGUGUGAGGGCAGGGUCAUCAAAUGUCGCCUUGGUGAUGAUAGUGGGAGGGUGACCUACUUCUGUGAGAACUGUCAGACCAAUUAUCUGGUAAACAAAAACAGAAAACUUCCAUCUAAGAACAGUUUGCUUGGCUGGGUGCAGACUGGGUCCCAAAGUUCACAACCGGAGAUGGCAGACUGGUCAUGUGAGCACUGUACACUCAUCAACAAGGACACUGCAACGUCUUGUAGUGCCUGCCUCAACCCCAGGGUUGACAAAACUGUGGAAGCCAAGCCUGCACAGUUUGGGGCUAAAGGGCUUGUUUCAGGACAAGGCAAUAAAACAAUGAACAAGAAAAGGAAAACAGAAGGCUCUGGUGUUGAGCAAACAAGGGCAAAAACUCAAAAAAAUAACACAAGUGUGGUCAAGCCUGAAAACAAAACUGGUUUUAAAACAAAGAUACCUCAAAAUGGACCUGCAACAACGAACAAAACACAAAAUGGAACAACAAAGAAACAACGUGAUAAAAGUAGGAUUCCAAUGUGUGAAAAUCACAAGCGAAAAUGCAGCAUGAAGGAAGUUCGCAAAGAGGGGCAAAACUUGGGACGUUGGUUCUUUUCGUGUGUCGUCAGGUCCUGUAAUUUCUUCCAGUGGGCUGAUGUCAAUUUUCCUACCUGCACAGACCAUGGGAAACCUUGUCCCAUACGCACUGUGUUGAAAAUUGGACCAAACAACGGAAAGAGGUUUUUCACCUGUAAACUGCCCAAGAACAAACAAUGCAAGUUCUUCGAAUGGGCAAUUGGUUAUGACUAAGAGUGGAAUAUUUAUUGUGUAUAGACGCUGUUCAGUAUUCAAUCAUGGAAUUCACGUCCAAACAAUUUGGCAGGUCAGUAGCUUCGUGCAACUGCAUUUCCAUAUGCUGGUCACUGACGCAGUUUCUCUGUCUUGAUAGGAAACAUCAUCCAGAAUAGAUAUAAAACAAAUAUCCAUUUUUAUGAUGCAAUGCAAUGGUGACUUUAUUUUUUAGUGGUUUUUAAAAAUAUUUUGGACAUUUCUUAACAGAAAAAAUAAGAGUUUUUGUUUUAUAUGUGUUAUUAUCAAAUAUUGUUUUAGCCAUUGAUAAAGG